GUAGUCUAGUGGAUGUACAAGCACCCACUACACUUAUGACCCGAACUAUCAAUUUCAAAGCUCGCCACAUUUCAGAACAAGAGAUUUUCUUUCAAUAAAAUCACUUCUUUCAUUCUUUUGAUCUUACAAUACAAUAGAUUCGUUUAGAACUCCCCAUUCCUAUGAACUUUAAUCAUAUCACAAGUUGAAAAAUAAAUUGCUAACUUUGGCAACUAUAGCGAGACAACGGGAAUUAAAAUCAUUAUAACACACCGCACAUAUUUGAUAUAUUUGAUUUGUUAAAUUUCUGUUUUGCUUUGUUUUGUUUUAUUUUUCGUCUUAUUAAGUUUAAUGCCUAUUAAUUAAUUAAAGAUGUUAAAUUUAAAUUGCGCUAUAUGCACUGAAUUGUUUUCACCAUCCGAUGAAGUCUAUGUUACAACAUGCGGACACAUGUUUCAUUUCACGUGCCUGGGACAGUGGCUAGAAAGAUCAAAGACAUGUCCUCAGUGCCGUAAUAAGUGCCCCGAGCGCAGUAUAAUACGUGUAUAUUUCAAUUUGGCGAAUUUGGACACGAGUCGUAUAGACAUUGGAUCAUUGCAAGAGCAAUUGGACAAUGCAAAACUACAAAUUAAGAUGAAAGAGACUGAAUUAAAAACUGCUAAUGAUCAGAUAAAAUCCUUAAAUGAUAUAAAAAAGAAGUGCAUGAAAACCAUAACAGGGUUCGACUUAAAAUUACAAAAUAAAGAUUUCGUGAUAUCAAGCUACGCGGAGCAGUUAAAAAUGCUUAAAUCCCGUGUUAAAGCAAUGGAAGAUGCGAGCAAAGAAAACAAGGCACUUAAGAAUCAAAUUGAGACAAUGGAGGGCAUCAACACUUUACUUACAGCUUCUUCCGUCGAAGCUGAAAAGCUGCUAAACAGCAACAAUGAUAUUAAGACUUUAGCAACUUGGGUUGCAACUUUAAAACGAGAAUUACGUGUAUGCGAGCAUAAAAAAACUGAUAUGCGGAAUCUUUUGAAGGUGGUACAAACUGAUUUACACAAACAGACAGAAACAAAAAAAAAUCAUGAAGAGCGUAUAUCUCAACUGGAAAGCGAAAACUAUCAACUAAAGGAAAAGGUUAAAACUUUAGAAAAUCCUGUAGUGAACAAUAUAAAUGGUGUAAAAGAUAUUAGCAUAGGUUUAAAUACUGCGAUGCUGCCUUCGCCUUCUCCGUGCCAUAAAGAAGAAAAAAAGUGUUCUAUCGUUGUUAACGUAAGCUUCCAAAUUUUUAUAAAAAUUAUACCACAAUUCCAUGUAUUUUCACUUAAAAAGGUCGAAGACCAGCACUCUCCUUAUUUGAAAAUAAAAGCUAGCAGUGUGGGUUUGAUGCCUCUGCUUAAACAUGCUGGCGAAGGAGCCACUAAGGUGACUACCACGAAAUUGGGUAAUCUAAAAAUCUCGCCGGUAAAACGUACAAACAAAUCAGAAUGCCAUAGUGAACUUAGCGAAAAGUAUUCAAUUUUUAAAAAGCCUCGCAUCGGGGUUAUUGCGGCCGCUGCUAAUGGUGCCAGUAUAAUUCAGACAAAAGAUUCCAAUUUUGUGUCCAACGGAUUUGGUGGAUCAGAACGCAUCAAUCCAUUCGAGCAAUCGGUGAAUGGUAUAAUAAUUGAAGAAGUAACCAAAGAGGACGCAAAUAUUCCAAGCACAACUGGUUCCAACGUCAAUAAACGUUUAAAGACCCGCUGUCUGCGCAACUUUAAAGUCACUAAAUAAUAUUUCUAUUAAUUUUAUAUAAUUUUUUUCUGCUUAUUCAUAUAAA